AUGUUGAAUCUAAACGGUUUGGACAACCCAAAAUUCGUCGACACAGAAUUCCAGGCACCCAGACUAAUUGCUGGAAUCACUUUGUUGAUGUGCGAAGGUAAUUGGAAUGCUUCUCCCAGAAAGGCGCCGUUUUUGGUGAUAAAGAUCGAGUCAUUGAUAAAAUUGACACCACACCCAACAACGUCCUUGUUGCCAAACUUGCAAGAGCUCUUGAAAUUGGUGCGUCCAUCCUCAAAAUGGAUCAACUUGGCAUCUUUGCCCUUGUAUCCCCAAGUGUUUUCGUCAUGUCCCCGCAACGAACUGAUAAUCUCUUCAGGAUGGUCGCCGUCCAUGAACCCAACGGUCACAUCGGCACCCGAGCUCAGCCCAAACACGAUCUCCACCUCGUAG